UAUUAAUCAGAUUAAUAACCACAAACCUGAAGUUAAUAACUGUAUCAUCUUCAAUGAUAUUGGAAAAUGCAGUUAAGCCACGCCUACAAACCCUGGCAGUGUCACUAUUGGCCCAUUCAGUCUCUAUAGGCCUGGGUCUUGCUAUGGUAACCCCGCUGUCCAAUGAGAGCCCGUCCUGCUUCAGACAGCUGUGAGCGGAUUGGCUGAAACAUCUCAGGCGUCAUCGAUUGGUGAACUUCUCCAAAACACCUUCUCUGAACAGCGCCGGCUCUGGGUAAACAACGAUGCUCUUCAGCUGCACCCGCUCCACUCUGAGAGCAGAUCCGCUCUUUAGGUGGAUGGUUCUCCUGGUUAUUCUAGCUCAUAAAGGAGGUUCUGCUCACAGACAGUUCAGAGAACUGACCUAAAAUGUUCUACUACCCCAACGUGCUCAAUUACAGAACUGGCUGCUUCGCCACCAUCUGGUUGGCGGCUACCAAAGCGAGGAAGAUCAACCGGAGGGAUCUCCUGACGGUCAACGUCCAGCGCACCUGCAACGACAUCAUGGACUACGUUCUGGUGCGGGUUCCUCCUCUCUCUGUGGGUCUCCCACGUCCUCGAUUCUCCCUCUAUCUCUCCUCCCAGCUGCAGUACGGAGUCGUCCUCAUCUUCCACCGGCAGUGCCAGCUUCUCUUAGAGGAGAUCCAGGAGGCCAUAGACAGACUGCUUCGCUACCGCAGACCGGUCGAGAUCGACAUGCUGUCCGAGGAACUCAGGCAACAUCACACCCUUCCUGACGCUCUGUCUCUUCUGAAUGAGACGGAGGGAGCGAGAGAUCCCUUCUUUGGGUUGAUGGAGUCCGAGCUGCCCAGUCCAAGCAGCUUAAUUCGACUGGCUCAAAAAAUGGAAAUUUCGCCUGAGCGUCUGCUGCCGGAACGAGGAGUGACUCCGCCUCCAGAUGGUAUCACAGCCAGUCAGGAGUCCAUCACUCUGAUGGAGGCAGAACCCGUCGCUAUGCCUGAGCCUGAGUUUGUGGGGGCGGAGCUACAGGAGUUUGAUAUGAUUGACAUGCUGCUGGAGCAACCGGAUCAUUUCCCAGAGGGGUUCUGACCACUGAGCUGUCCAGCAGAGAUGUGGCGUUUGAGCCUGAGGAAGUGCUGGGUCUGCCCAUGGAGAUGCCUGAACUGGCUGAGAGAGAAAUCACUGUGAUCCCUGAGCUCAUACCAAUCCCAC